AUGGAGUAUUGGGAGGACAUGGAGCCAGUGACCUUUGAGGAUGUGGCUGUGAACUUCACCCUGGAGGAGUGGGCUCUGCUGGAUCCUUCCCAGAAGAAGCUCUUCAGAGAUGUGAUGCAGGAAACCUUGUGGAACCUGACCACUAUAGGAAAACAAUGGAAAAAUCAGGCCAUCGAUGAUCACUACAAUUCCAGGGGAAAUCUAAGAAUUCAAGUGUUAGGGAGAGACUGUGAACAGAAAGAAGAUAGUCAAUAUGGAGAAAUCAUCAGCCACAUCAUAAAUCCUUUUGUAAACAAGAGAAAUUCUUCUGGAGUAAAACCUAGUGAACACCAUGUGUGUGGAGAAGUCACCAUUACUGAUCCAUCCCUAGUUGUGCCCCUGACAUCUCAUGCUGGACACAAAGCACAUGAGUAUCCAGAACAUGGAGGGAAGCCAUAUGAAUAUAAGGAAGAUGGGAAACCCUUGCAUGAUCCCCAGCGUUUUCAGAAGCAUGAAAGAACUCACACAGCAGAGAAACCCCAUGUGUGUAAGCACUGUGGAAAAGCCUUUCGUUCUUCAAGCUACAUUAAAAUUCAUGAACGAAUUCACAGUGGAGAGAAACCAUACAAUUGUCAACAGUGUGGAAAAGCCUAUCGUUUUUACUAUGACCUUCAAAUUCAUGAACGAAAUCACAGUGGAAAGAAACCCUAUGUGUGUAAGCAAUGCGGAAAAGCCUUCAGUUCUUCCAGCUACAUUAAAGUCCAUGAACGAAUUCACAGUGGAGAGAAACCUUAUAACUGCAAACAAUGUGGGAAAGCCUUUACAUUUCUCAAUUCUCUUAAAAUUCAUGAACGAGUUCACAGUGGAAAGAAACCCUACAUAUGUAAGCAAUGUGGAAAAGCCUUUAGCUCACGCAACAAUGCUAAAACACACAGACAAAGCCAUAGUGGAGAGAAGCCCUAUGUGUGUAAGCAAUGUGGAAAAGCCUUUAGUUCUUAUGGUUACAUUAAAAAACAUGAACGAAUUCACCAUAGUGGAGAGAAGCCCUAUGUGUGUAAGCAAUGUGGAAAAGCCUUUAGUUCUUAUGGUUACAUUAAAAAACAUGAACGAAUUCACAGUGGAGAGAAACCUUAUAAAUGCAAACAAUGUGGGAAAACCUUUACAUUUCUCAGUUGUCUUCAUAUUCAUGAACAAAUUCAUGAAACCCUCCAUGUUGGAGAGAAACCUUAUAACUGCAAACAAUGUGGGAAAGCCUUUACAUUUCUCCGUUCUCUUCAAAUUCAUGAACGAAUUCACAGUGGAAAGAAACCUUACAUAUGUAAGCACUGUGGAAAAGCCUUUAGAUCUUCAAAGUAUGUUAAAAUCCAUGAACGAAUUCACAGUGGAGAGAACAAUGUGGGAAAGCCUUUACAUUUCUCAGUUCUCUUCAAAGGCAUGAACAGAUUCACAGUGGAAAGAAACUAUAUGUAA